AUGCGUUUUCUUGCGAGAAAGGAGAAAAAGACUGGCGGAUCGAAACGAUGCGGCAGAUUCUACCCGCUGGAUGUAGGGCCAUCGGCUUGUGGGCCUGUUGAAUCUUCCCUGAUCAUGCCAACCACCAUCCGGCCUGCGGACCAGAUCAUGCCAUCCUCUCCACUGUCUUCAAAUGCCACUCCCACCUUACUAGGCCCUUCUACCCGGUCAACUGCUUCCAACCUGGCCUAUCUUCACACGAGCGAUGACUUCGAACUGUGGACUCGGGCUUAUCAGAUCUUGCAAUCCCGAGAGCCUGAGCUGACGGAAGAUUACAUAAAGCACCUGGCCUCACUGCAAAGCAACGGUUCAAGUGACGCCGAUCUCUCAACUUCUCAGUGUGUCGAAACAAUCGUGAAGCAGCUGUUGGAGAAUUGGGAGAAGAAGCAGUGGCGAGUCUCGCUCCUGGGGAAGGAGAUAAAGAUACGACAACAAGCCGAGAGGUUAGUGAAGUUUCUCCUCUGGGCCGAACCGAUAGUCAAGAGUGCUGUCAGCACUCAGCCAUAUGCAGCGCUGGCAUGGUCCGGUGUUUCGUUGCUUCUCCCUCUACUCACGAGCGGCACCACAAAAAAUGAGGCCAUGUUGAAAGACUUCAACUCGAUUGACGAUGUCCAAGUUUACUGGAGAAUCUGUGAAAAGACGUAUCUCCGAAGCUCUCAUCGACACAGGUACCAGGACCUCAUAGAACCCCUGGCCAAGCUAUAUUCGCACAUCGUUGAAUAUCAGGCGCGUGUGAUAUGUCAUCUUUCUAGUGCUCAGCUAUCCCGCGCAUGGCAGAACGUUGCCGGCUGGAACGACUGGGAUGGAAAAGCAGCAGAGAUUGACUACUUGAGCAAAAAGUGCGGUGACUGCAUCACUCCCCUUGAAGCUGAGGAAAUUCGGAAGAAUAGGGACAGUCAAUUGAAAGAAAUGCAAGAGUCGCGGACAAUCCUUGAUGAAAUUCGCACCAUUCUGGAAGUGGAUAGUAAGCAGACGCAGAGGAACUAUGAAGACCAGAAGGAGCGAGUCCUUCUUCAAGAUCUUGCAUCCGACUAUGAAGACUACAAAAACUUCAACCCGCCGAGAGUCCAAGGCACAUGCGAAUGGUUUCUCCGGGACGAAAUAUUCCGUAAAUGGCGAGACAGUGACACCUCCAGUCUCCUCUGGGUCUCUGCUGAUCCAGGAUGUGGAAAGUCAGUCUUAUCACGGGCUUUGAUCGAUGAGCGACGACUAUCCACGAAAGUUACCACAUCGACUGUCUGUUAUUUCUUUUUUAAGGACGGAGACGACGGCCACAUGUACGCCACUGAUGCUCUGUGUGCAAUACUUCACCAGCUUUUCACACAUGAUCUGGAUAAUCGCCUAGUUGAACACGCCCUUCCCAGUCAUAGGAACUAUGGCAAAGGUCUAGCUCAAAACUUCGCCGAGCUGUGGCGGAUCCUCGUUAACUGCGCAGGCUCAUUAGAUGCUGGGGAAAUUGUUUGUGUCCUUGAUGCACUAGAUGAGUGCAAUAUAGAUGGCAGGCGGCAAUUAAUCGACAAGCUAAAGGAAUUUUAUUGCCAGCCCAGGCAUUCAUCAAAGUCGCUCUCAAAGCUGAAGUUCCUGAUCACGAGUCGCCCGUACGACGACCUGGAGGCGUCCUUCAAAAAGUUCUCUGGCAUCACCGCAUAUAUGCGUUUUGACGGCGAUGAAAAGUCUGCUGAGAUUAACAACGAAGUCAAUUUAGUCAUUGAUGCCAAAAUGCAUGAAAUUGCGCGUGAUUUCAAGGAGGACGACCGUCUAACUAUUUCUCAUCGGCUUAAGAGUAUGAACCACCGCACAUAUCUCUGGCUACGCCUCACCUUCGACAUCAUUGAACAGAAUCCGAGUAUAUAUGGCAGGCCUUGUGAUGUGGAAACACUACUCUCUGAUCUGCCCUACGAGGUAUCCGAAGCAUACGAAAAGAUCCUGGGCCGAAGCAGAAAUCAAACCUAUACGGAGGCUCUUCUUCAGAUUGUUCUCGCUGCAGCACGGCCUCUGACUCUUGAUGAAGCCAACAUAGUCUUAACGCUAGCUUUGCAGAAGCGUAGGUUCACUUCCCAUGAUGCCCUGGAGAGGAACUUAUGGCCCCGAAACACCUUUAAAAGCACUGUCAAGAGUUUAUGCGGCCUCUUCCUAAGUAUCUAUGACUCAAAGUUGUCGUUUAUCCAUCACACAGCGCGGGAGUUUCUCAUCCAUCCGAGAAGUGAGGGCAAGUGGAAAGGGCGGCUGAAUAUGUCAAAGUCGCACAGUAAGAUGUCGUCGGUCUGCCUCACAUACCUAUCAUAUCUGGGUGAGCAGAGUCCAAUUGGGGAAAUCAAGGCGAAACAUCCGCUGGCGCAGUACUCUUUCCGGCAUUUGAUGGACCAUGCAAGGUUGGCCGGACCCGUGGAGGAUAUCCAAGAAAACAUCUUCAAUUUCUUCGUCGAGCGAAGGAAAGCGUACGCAGUCUGGGGUAUACUUUUUGACCCGGAUCGGCCUUGGAGUGAAGAACCAAAUUCUGCAGAAGUCAUGGCGGCUCCAUUAUACUACGCAUCCUUAGCAGGUCUCCAACGCACGGUAGAGCUGCUGUUAAAAGAAGGCGCAGAUGUGAACGCUCAGGGGGGCCGUUUUGGCAACGCUGUCCAGGCUGCUUCUUAUCACGGCUACAAGGGGGUCGUGCGCCUGCUAUUAGAGGAGGGCGCCAAUGUCAAUACUCAGGGUGGCGAUUAUGGAAAUUCUCUCUAUGCUGCUGCCCUUCAAGGCCACAAGGGGGUGGUGCAGCUGCUAUUAGAGAAAGGUGCCAAUGUCAAUGCCCAGGGUGGAUUUUUUGGCGAUGCUCUCGGGGCUGCUUCCCUUCAAGGCGACAAGGAAGUUGUGCGUCUGCUAUUAGAGCAAGGUGCCGAUGUCAACUUUCAGGGUGGGCGUUGCGGCAAUGCUCUCCAGGCUGCUUCUUAUCAAGGCGGCAAGGAGGUCGUACAGCUACUAUUACAGCAAGGCGCUGAUGUUAACGUUCAGGGUGGGCGUUAUGGCAAUGCUCUCCAAGCUGCUUCUUAUAAAGGCGACAAGGAGGUCGUACAGCUGCUAUUGCAGCAAGGCGCCGAUGUCAAUGCUCGGGGCGGGCGUUUUGGCAACGCUCUCCAGGCUGCUUCUUUCCAUGGCCGCAAAGAGAUCAUACAGCUGCUGUUAGAACAAGGCGCCAGUGUCAACGCUCAGGGUGGGCGUUUUGGCAACGCUGUUCAGGCCGCAUCCUUCAACGGCCACAUGGAGGUCGUGCGGCUGUUAUUGGAGCAAGGUGCCGAUGUCACCGCUCAGGGUGGGCGUUUUGGCAAUGCUGUCCAGGCUGCUUCCCUUCAAGGCCACAGCGAGAUUGUGCAGCUUCUCUUAGAGAGAGGUGCCAAUGUCAAUGCUCAGGGCGGAUAUUUUAGCAGUGCUCUCCAGGCUGCUUCCGUUCAAGGCGCCAAGGAGGUCGCACAGCUACUGUUAGAUCAAGGUGCCGAUGUCAAUGCUCAGGGCGGAUUUUUUGGCAAUGCUCUCCAGGCUGCUUCUUAUCAAGGCGGCAAGGAGGUCGUACAGCUACUAUUACAGCAAGGCGCUGAUGUUAACGUUCAGGGUGGGCGUUAUGGCAAUGCUCUGCAAGCUGCUUCUUAUAAAGGUGACAGGGAGGUCGUACAGCUGCUAUUGCAGCAAGGAGCCGAUGCCAAUGCUCAGGGAGGGUUUUUUGGCAAUGUUCUCAAGGCUGCCUCCCUUCAAGGCGACAAGGAGGUCGUGCGGCUGCUUUUAGAGCAAGGCGCCGAUGUUACUGCCCAGGUCCGGGAUAAUGGCAAUGCUCCCCAGGCGGUUUCCACAGGACCAGCCCAUGGUGGAGGCAGUAACGGUGGAUAG